UUCCUCCUCUCUCGGCCCGAACCCUCCCACCUCUUCUUCUUCUUUUUCUUCUUCUUCUUCUUCUUCCUUCCUCUCUUCUGUCUCUGCCCGACGUUGCUCACUAUGCUCCGUGCUCGCCCUCGACGAGUUCCUCGACGAAUCUCCACAUGGAGUCGGGCCUCAAGUCCCUCGACGAGUUCCUCUCCGGCAAGACCUACAUCUCCGGGUAAAGCUCGUCUACAAGAAGCCGGCGAAGAAGACGACCGCAUCCCCAUCUUCGUCGGCUCGGAGGACCUCGCGUGGAACCAUGUAUCAUCCCACCGAGAGGCAGCGUUCGCGGUGGCAAAGAUCGAGGAGAUGCAGAGGACGAAUCUGGACGCCAGUCGCCCCCCGCUCGCCCCGCCCUUUCCUCCGUCGACGCCGUCAGCCCCCUCUCGCCCCGUAGCUUAGCCGGUGGACAUCGCUCACCCUUGACGCCGCUACUGAACGCAGCUCGUUCCCCCGGUGGACGCCGCUCGCCGCUCGUCCAAUCGCCCCGACGCCGCUCGCCCGGCCCGCCCCGACGCCUCUCGCCGCUCACCUUUCAUGCUGAUUUCAGUUCUCCUUUAGGGUUGUUUUUUUUGCGCUGCCUAUGCAUUUCGUUCGUAAGAGAGGAGUGUGAAGGUGGGUAUGUUCAAGGGAGCAUUUACGGCAUUCAAUCAGGUCAAAAGUUUGGACAACGUAGAAAUUGAAGGUGGGUAUGAGACUCCCGAUGUCUACGUGCAUUGCUGGUACACCGAGUUUGGGGGAGCGGUGCCUUAUAGGCAAGCAGAGGAUUUGGCAUUCUCGGUCGUGAGGUUCAUUCAGAACAGCGGUUCAUUCAUCAAUUACUAUAUGUAUUGCGGAGGAACCAACUUUGGCAGGACAGCUGGUGGUCUCUUCAUUGCCACCAGCUAUGACUACGAUGCUCCUCUUGGUGAAUAUGGUUUACUGAGGGAACCAAAGUGGAGUCACUUGAGAGAUUUGCACAAAGCCAUUAGGCAAAGUGAAUGGGCUCUGGUUUCUGCUGAUCUGCGCAGUGCGGUCACUUGGAAGUAAUCAAGAGGCUCACGUGUUCAAAGCUGGAAGCGGAUGCGCGGCCUCCUGGCAAACUACGGCACGAAGUAUUCUGUCAUAGUCAAUUUUGGAAACGGUCAAUAUGACUUGCCGCCUUGGUCCAUCAGCAUUCUUCCGGACUGCAAAACUGCUAUUUACAACACUUUGCAAGGGUAAGGCACAGACCAUUUGGUCCCAAAUGUGGAAGCUUUUUAAUAAGUUUUGUCACAAAUUUCCAAAGUAGGCAGAUGAUGAGUUGGCUGAUUUUAGAGGAUGCCUUGAUAUUAUUCCUGAAAUGCUCGAACUGAGAUUAGUGCUUUUGAAUGUCAAAUUUUUGUUAGUGCUUUUCUGGACCUUGUUGUUUUGCCAUUCUUUGUUUUGCCAUCAACAAUGCUGCUGCUGUUUGGACUUCGAUGAUGAGCAGCCCGCAUGUUGACGAGCUGACAUGGAAAAAAGUUGCACGUGUCGCUGUUCAAUUUUAUUUGUUUUGUAUUCUCUCUCAUAAAUGAUAAACUUGUUUAUUAUUGUUG